AAGAGUACUGUAUUUGGAAUCACAGCGACACCUCAUGUUAUCAAUUUUUUUAUCGAACGUUAAUUGUUGUUAUCAUAUUUAUAAUAAUUACUGCGUGUCGAGUCUGCGGACUGGUCGUGAUUUAAAUUAAUUUAGUUCUAGCCGGGUGUGUAAAGAAUUUUAAAUAUGUGGCAUUGAACGUAGCGAUCAUAGCUGCAGUUUAUUAUUUAUGAUUGUAUGCAAAUUAAAAAAAUUAAUUUAGAAAGAAGAGAGUGUUCUCUUAAAUUCAUAGUAAAUUUGACGCCAUGCUACCGAGCAGUAUGAAGAGCUACAUCAUCAGAUGGCUCGAGGAUCACAGAGCGCUGGUGGUGUGCGCGUUCUGCCUCCCCGCCAGUUUCCUGUUCACGUUACUGUUGAGACUGAGAGCCUUCGCCCGCAGGCUGACCAGCGACCCUCAGAGACAUGACAGCGCCGUCCGGCGUAUACAGUCUCAGGUCUUAGAAUGGAACAAACUCCCGUCGAAAAACAAACGGCUGCUGUGUACGUCCCGGCCGAACUGGCUGUCCCUCUCGAUAACCUUCUUCCAGAAACACCUGCACCAUCAAGUCCCCAUCCCUCUGUAUGAUAUCCUGGAACUAGACGAGGAGGCCGGGACUGUGAGGGUGGAGCCCAUGGUCACCAUCGGAGACAUUACCCGAUAUCUCAUACCCAAAGGAUAUUCAUUGGCCGUCACUAUUGAACUGGACGACGCGACCUUGGGUGGUCUUGCCCUCGGGACUGGGAUGUCCACACACUCCCAUAAGGCCGGCCUCUAUCACGAGACUAUAACCAGCUACGAGGUGGUGUUAGGAGACGGCUCGCUCGUCACCGCCACGGCCACCAACGAGUAUUCUGACCUCUACAAAGCCCUGCCCUGGUCGCACGGAAGUCUUGGCUUCCUUGUGGCGCUGACGCUGAAGAUCGUCAAAGUGAAGCCCUACAUCAGAAUCAAGUACACGCCCGUACGAGGACAGAAAAAUUACUGCGACUUGAUAAGAAAGUUAUCCGGAACCCAUGAAGCCGAACCCACAAGGCACCCGGAUUAUAUAGAGGGGACGAUAUUCAGCAAGGACGAAGCGGUCGUCAUGACGGGGGAGUACGCCGACUAUGACGGGAGACUCGCAGUCAAUCACUGCUCCAGUUGGUAUAAGCCGUGGUUUUACAAACAUGUCGAGUCUUUCCUCGAAGAAGGCGAAAAAGAAGAAUUGAUCCCUUUGAGAGACUACCUGCUGCGCCACAACAGACCUAUCUUCUGGGUCGUGGAAGAUAUGAUUCCGUUCGGCAACAAUGCGCUAUUCAGGCUCUUCUUCGGGUGGCUCUUACCGCCGAAACCGGCCUUCCUCAAAUUCACGACGACACCAGGCGUUAGAGCUUAUACGUUUACGAGACAGGUGUUCCAAGACAUCGUCCUACCCAUUCAAGAGCUGGAAAAGCAAAUCGAGCUCGCCAGCCAGCUGUUCGAGAAAUUUCCUCUGCUGGUGUACCCUUGCAGAAUAAUAGACCACGGGCCGCUGUCGGGGCAACUGCGGAGACCGCACGCUAAAUAUCUAGUUCCCGGGACUAACUACGCCAUGUACAACGACCUGGGAGUGUACGGCGUUCCCGGGAAAGUGAAGCACAAGAAACCUUACAACGCCGUGGCCGCCAUGAGAGAGAUGGAGCGGUUCACGCGCGACGUCGGAGGAUACUCCUUCCUGUAUGCAGACAUAUUCAUGGACAGAGAAGAGUUCGGCCAGAUGUUCGAUCUGAGCCUGUACGACGCGGUGCGGACCAAAUACAUGGCCCAGGGAGCCUUCCCGCACCUCUACGAUAAAGUCAAGCCCGAAAUCGACGUGUUCUCUAUCGGCGAACGAAAUGUUAUACGCGGUCAAUAAAUAUAUUAGCAGGACA